AGACUUCAAGAAGAACCCCAACAAUCCCAUUCUUCGUCUCUUUUUUUCUUUUUCUUUUUCUGACCGGUGCAUUCACUCCCUCUGCUCCAACAGAUAUAUCAUUGUUUGUCGUUUUGUUCGAUCCUUGACCUUCGCCGGCUUGCUAUAUGGCCUUUGCCCCCCGCCAACUCUCUUCCCCCGUCGAAUCGUUUCUGCCUCGCUCUUAAAUUUCCCUACCGCCAGAACGACCCUCCAAGGCCUCGACUUGCUUUGAAACCCUCCUUAAUCCUUCGAUUCUCUGUUUAACUCUUGCAUUACCGAAACAACAUUAGAACUUACGUCGAUUUCACUAGAAGUGUGAGAAGGGGCUUCUCCGUCAGAUAAUCCCUAAUUCAAUACCCCUGACCAUUCUCUUAAAACCUCGCUCGAUAAAAACAUUCAGCGUUCCUUUUCCUUUCCGCGAGCGAUUUUCCUUCCUAUUCAUCUAAUCACCAUGCAAAUCGAAGAAAAGCCGGUCACAGACGUCCCUGUCGCCCUCCCCGACGGGGACCGCUCCGAUGCCAUCGACGAUGAUGUCUCGCCCGUUGCCACCCCUUCGACCACUGCACCUCAAUCCCAACAACCUUCCAUCCCAUCUUUACGUCCAACAAAGGAUAUGACCGCUGGUAUCUCCGCCUCUUCGACACAUUUGGGUCAGAUUAAUGCUGCCCGACGAGGUCCCGCUCCGCGCCCCCCAGCGUCCAUGAGUGCGGCGCCAUCCGGGGGACUAAAUCAGGAUAUUCUCGCCAAAAUGAAAGCCUUCUCCCUUUCUCGACAAGGUGCCCCUCCGUCUUUACCCCAUGCUGCCUCCUCACCUACCAUUCCGUCUCUCAAUAGCCCCGGAGCCCCUAAUGGUGGUGUGCAGUCACCUCCAUCGGGUGGGCCGAUCGCUGGCCCGCUUCCUGGCCCGCUUCCUGGCCCGCUUCCUGGCCCGCUUCCUGGUCGCCUGCCCCCGCAAGCCCGUCCCAAUGCAAAGAACUGGGUUUCGUCACCUACUGUUGCGGGUUCGGCGGCUGCUAAUGCCCCUAAGCCGACAGGCAGCUUAGCUGCCAAACGGAUGAAGCCUGGCCUCAAGCUCUCGGACGCCGCAGGACCCAACGGGUCUUCGCCAGGGAAACCCUCCGACGGACCUGCCCCCGGUGGAGAGUCGGUAUUCAGCAAAUACUCCGAGUUUGUUGAUACCAUGACGGGUACGCUCAAUUUCAAAAACAAGGCGGUCAUCCACGGUGGUGGCGUGGAAUUUUCUUCCGGGCAUAGCUUCAACAUUUCUUUGGAUGAGGUCGACCGCUUAGAUGAACUAGGCAAAGGAAACUAUGGGACGGUAUACAAGGUUCGACACAGCCGGCCGCACAUGAGGAAGCCCGGAACGGGCGUUGGAGGUAUUCUCAGUCGUCCCGCAGGCCCCGACGACUCCAAUUCUGAUGGAAUCCCGGCACUGAAGCCCCAAGAUAACCUUUCUGGUGUGGUUAUGGCGAUGAAGGAAAUUCGACUGGAGCUGGACGAAAGUAAAUUCGCCCAGAUCAUCAUGGAAUUGGACAUUCUCCAUCGUUGCGUCUCACCUUUCAUCAUUGACUUUUACGGCGCGUUUUUCCAAGAAGGGGCAGUUUAUAUAUGUGUUGAAUUCAUGGACGGCGGUUCAAUCGACAAAAUCUACAAACAGGGUGUCCCGGAAAACAUCCUUCGCAAGGUAACGCUCUCCACCAUCAUGGGAUUGAAGACCCUAAAAGACGACCACAACAUCAUCCAUCGCGAUGUCAAGCCCACCAACAUCCUUGUCAACAGUCGCGGCCAAAUCAAGAUUUGCGAUUUCGGUGUGAGCGGUAAUCUGGUGUCGAGUAUUGCCAAGACGAAUAUUGGGUGUCAAAGUUACAUGGCCCCCGAACGAAUCGCCGGUGGUGGUAUGCAGCAGUCGGGAGCAACUAGUACCGGGACCUACAGCGUCCAGAGUGACAUCUGGAGCUUAGGGUUAUCGGUAAUUGAAUGUGCCCUUGGCCGUUAUCCUUAUCCUCCUGAGACUUUCAACAACAUUUUCAGCCAGUUACACGCCAUCGUCCAUGGAGAAGCUCCAACUCUUCCCGAAACAGGCUAUUCUGAGGAUGCGCAUGCGUUUGUUCGCGCGUGCUUGGAUAAGAACCCUAAUAACCGUCCUUCGUACACGAUGCUCUUGCGACACCCCUGGCUCUCACCACUCAUGCAACCUCCUACCGAAGACGAAGCCGCCAAGGGCCCUGAAGACUCCGGGGCGGAGACUGAAGACAAAGAAGUUGCUGAUUGGGUAAACGAGCGACUCGCCGUUUUGGCAUCUGGGCAAGAACCUUCUCCAGAUAAGCCGGCUCUACACGCCGCUCCACUGGAUGCUGUUCCUGGAAGCCCGCUUUUGGAAGAUACCGCGUUGAAACAACCUGCCUGAUCCCUCCCAAUCUCACCCUGAACAUCCUCCUUUUAUUUUGGUGGCCGUAUCGGUUUGUUUAUCUACUUUGUCGAGUUUCUUUAGUGAUUUGAAGCGAGUUCUACAUAUUGGGCGAUGAUUUGUGACCUCGGUUUCUUUGCUUUUUCAUUUCGCUUUCUUGCCCUUCUCUCUUCCCACCUGAUCUAUGAUAUCCGUGGCUUGGCUUCUUGACAGCCACAGUUCCUAAGGUCUGCAUCUUUCAAGCUGCAUUCUUUCAUGUGUGAUGAAUAUCCUGUAUAUGAAUGUGAUAUGGCAUUGCUUUUAUUACCUCUUCACUGUUUUUGCUCUUUUGGACAUUGGUGGGAGAUUUUGCUCAUAUCUCCGCCUGUGUUGCUAUCUUGAAAGUCUUAUGUAAAUAGAUUCAAUGUAUUCCAACUAGACAUGCUUAUGCUUAGAGUUGUAC